UGGUACGAGGGAAAAAGGAUUGUUGUCGUACCUGUUUUCUACAUGAGAGUGUUGUUUGAUAUGAGUUUUGAUGUGCAUGUCAUGUGUGGGAUGGAGGUAUGAGUUGCAUGUAUAUAGUUUUAUGUAGUGUUGUCAGUCGCAUGAAUCUCUUUCUGUCUUCAAAUGAUUGCCAGUUAAGGUGUUGAGGAAUGUCACCAUCACUGGAGGUGUUUCUAAAUUUGUUCGUGACUAAUCUGGCUGCUAUACGCGUACGCUGCACCAUUUCUUUUUUGUUUAUGUCUGUUUUAGUAUAAUAUUUUUUAACACAUUUUUUUUUUUUUUACAAAAUACAGCUUUCAGUUACUAGUUUUUCUGUUCCGUUUAUAGAUUAUACACAUUUUAAUUAAAUUUCUAUCCGAUUUAAGCAGAUUCAACCAAUCUAUAUGUGAAAUCCGCGGUUGAUCCUUAAGGACUCCGAAACUGAGAAAGUGAAAGUACAACUACGCAUUUUAAUCAAAAGAACAAGCACGAGAAAGUUUCGGAAAGUCGAAGGAGUUCAAAAUCUACUCAAGGCGUAUUAGACAAAACAUCUCCAAGGGAUGUAUUGGCAUGGACUGGAAAAAAGAUCUAAUACAUCACCCCAGUUUAGACACUCGGGCCUAGAUUUUCAACAUGGACGACAUAGAGCGGGCUACUGAGUUACUUACAGACAUAGAGAAGGGGACCUCAGAUGCCUGUCAACAUAUCCAGUCAUUGCUAGAUAAAGCUGAGAAGGGGGAAAUAUCCACUUCUAAGGGGCUGAGUUUCCUGGAGAUGAAGUACCAGAUGUUGCUGAGCUACCUUAUCAACCUUACCUACGUUCUCUUACAAAAGACUCGGGGUCAGUCGAUACAGGCAGACCUGGCCAUAUUCAGACUCACCGAGAUACGCACGGUUCUAGAGAAGCUGCGUCCGAUUGACCAGAAACUAAAAUACCAAAUUGAUAAGCUCAUCAGAACAGCCGUUACUGGGGAUAGUGGUUCCAAUGACCCACUAAGAUUUAAAGCCAAUCCAGACAACAUGAUUAACAAGUUGGAAGGUGAAGCAUCAGAUGAGGAGUCUAACUCUGAUGAAGAAAAGGAAAGGAAACCUCGUGUUUAUGUACCUCCGAAGCUUGCCGCUGUUCAUUACGAUGGCGAUGAGACAAUGGAGGACAAGAAGCAGCGCCAACAAGAGAAGGCUCAGAGGCGUGCCGCAAGUAGUAGUGUAGUCAGAGAGCUGGCGCAUCAACUGACCGACGCACCAGAGGAAAUACAGGAAACUCGAGAUCUCCACAGAAUGAAAGUGGAUAAAAGGGCCAAGGAAAUAAAAGAAUAUGAAGAACAGUAUUUCACUCGUGUAUCUGUGUCUAAAAAGGAGAGGAAUGCAGCACGAAGACUCGGAACCACAUCCUCCCUAAACAGUCUUACACAGUUUGAUGACAUCAGUGCCUUAAUGGGAGACGGAGGGGACACACACCAGGAUGGACCAUCACGAAAGAAACAGAAAACAGGUGGCAAGGGCAAAGGCAAAAAAGGAAAGAAAGGUGGAUUCAAGAAGAAGAAGCGAAAGUUUUAAAGAUCUAUCAUGGAGGAGUAAUGGGAUUGUUAAUAAACAAGUUGAUUAUA